AUGGCGGCCCCCGGGAGAUCGGUUCUCCGUCCGAUCAUUAUUUUGGUGUUGCUGAUGGUGAAUCAUUCCGCUGGUUAUCAUUCAGUUUGCACCAACGAUUCAUGCAAGUUCUUGGGUGACUGCUCGUCGGAUUCAGAUUGUGCGGCGGGGCUUUAUUGCCUGUCUUGUCCGGCCGGAUUUCAGCUAUCCAGGUGUGUUAGAUCAACUGCUACCGAUCAAUUCAGCCUUGUGAACAUUUCGUUACCAUUCAACAAGUACGCUUUCUUGACGACGCAUAACUCGUUUGCCAUUGAGGGAGAGCAGUCUCACACCGGAGUUCCUAGAGUAACUUUCAACAAUCAGGAAGAGAAUGUCACCGCGCAACUUAAUCAUGGAGUUCGAGCACUGAUGCUUGAUACAUAUGACUUCGAAGGAGAUGUAUGGUUAUGCCAUUCUUUCAAAGGCCAGUGUCAUGACUAUACUGCAUUUGAACCGGCUAUAGAUACACUGAAGGAAAUCGAGGCGUUUUUAACAGCAAAUCCAAACGAAAUAGUGACAGUAAUCUUAGAAGACUAUGUUCAAGCUCCCAAUGGACUAACCAAGGUCUUCACGGACGCAGGACUCAUGAAGUACUGGUUUCCGGUUUCCAACAUGCCUAAAAAUGGUGGAGACUGGCCACUUGUCAGUGAUAUGGUAACCAACAACCAACGCCUGUUGGUAUUUACUUCGAUUAGGUCCAAAGAACAGAGUGAAGGCAUUGCUUAUCAAUGGAACUACAUGGUCGAAAAUCAAUACGGGGAUGGAGGAAUGAAUGCAGGGAGUUGUUUCAACAGGGGAGAAUCAUCCCCUCUAAACGACACCUCAAAAUCGUUGGUGUUGAUGAAUUACUUUAGAUCAGUGCCCAUCAAACCAUUAGCUUGUGUACAGAAUUCAGGGAGAUUGAUUGACAUGCUUCAAACCUGCUAUGCUGCUUCGGGGAACCGAUGGGCUAAUUUCAUCGCCGUCGAUUAUUAUAAGAGAAGUGAGGGAGGAGGGGCAUUUCAAGCAGUGGACACUUCCAACGGGGAGCUGAUUUGUGGAUGCCAAGAUGUGCAUUCCUGCCUGCCGGAUCGUCACUACACACUUCUUCAUUAUCAAACUGAUAUAGAUCAAGCCAUCAAGGGGAGUUAAUUAGUACUAUACUAUAUAGCAAUUUGCAGCCCAGAGGAAGAAGUGUUGGCCCACAUAUAUAUGCAACCACCAAUUUUUCAAUCAAUUGAUAUUCAGACACGAAAAUAGAUGGAUGCUUCAUCCUAUUCCUCCUCUUGUUGAAUGAUUCUGCCAAUGUUAUUCAUGGUCGAGCUCUGAAGUCUAUAUUACGUGGUCCAUUAACUAACAGAGCGAAAAAUACAACCGGCG